CGGCGCCUGCGGCUGCGGCGGCUCUGGUAGACGACGAAACCCCGCGGUCGCUGGGCUCGGCCGCCACCAACCAACCCCCCCGAAAAGGCAACGAGGCGCGCAGGGCGGACGGUGGAAACGCCGCGAUUUUUGUGGCCCGGCGGCUCCCGAUUGGGUUGGGGUCGCACGGCCGAGCGGAUAACAAACCAUUGGCAAUUCGCCUCGCCUUCUCUGGUCUCUCCCCUCCCUUAGUCUCGCAUCGAGGCAGGCGUAGCCCCCCCGCCAAACCAAAUCGCUUCCGCCCGAAGCGUUUCCAAGCUGCUCGUGCAACAAGCGAAGAGCCGGAAGAGUUGGUGGGUGGGCAGGCAGGCAGAUAGGCAGGUAGGCAGAUGGCGUCGCCGUCGUCGUCGCUGUGCUCCAGCUUCGCCUCCCCGCGGACCGCCUCCCUCGGCCACCGCCGCGGCCUCGCUUUCUCCUCCGCCAGGAAGGCAUUCCAAGUGAAGGCAUCAGCUCGGGUUGACAAGUACUCAAAGAAUGACAUCAUUGUGUCCCCUUCCAUUCUUUCUGCAAACUUUGCCAAGCUUGGUGAUCAGGUAAAAGCUGUGGAGGUGGCAGGAUGUGACUGGAUUCAUGUCGAUGUCAUGGAUGGACGCUUUGUGCCAAAUAUCACAAUUGGACCUUUGAUUGUUGAUGCUCUGCGUCCAGUGACUGAUCUUCCAUUGGAUGUGCAUCUGAUGAUUGUGGAACCUGAGCAGCGAGUCCCAGAUUUUAUCAAGGCAGGUGCUGAUAUUGUUAGUGUACACUGUGAGCAAUCGUCGACCAUCCAUUUACACCGAACAGUCGACCAGAUUAAAAGUCUGGGAGCAAAGGCUGGAGUUGUUUUGAAUCCUGCGACUCCACUCAGUGCAAUAGAUUAUGUUCUUGAUGUUGUUGAUCUGGUGUUGAUUAUGUCUGUGAAUCCUGGGUUUGGUGGCCAGAGCUUCAUCGAGAGUCAAGUAAAGAAAAUUGCAGAGUUGAGAAGAUUAUGUGCAGAGAAGGGAGUGAAUCCCUGGAUUGAGGUUGAUGGUGGCGUCGGUCCAAAAAAUGCCUACAAGGUCAUUGAAGCUGGGGCGAAUGCUAUCGUUGCUGGUUCUGCAGUUUUUGGGGCUCCAGACUAUGCUGAAGCUAUUAAGGGAAUCAAGACUAGCCAAAGACCUGUAGCUGUACCGGCAUGAGGAACUGGAAGUAUACAUGUUCACUCUGUGCAAGUUUACCAUUUCUGCGAUUUGUAUAGAUGUGUGUGGAGCCAUACUUUAUACUGGAGAUCAAAGGAGACGGAGGCAGUGAAGAAAUAUCAUUUUCUUCUCUCAUUUUCCUUGAGGACGCCAUGUAAUACUACCGGAAUGUUGUGUGAUUAACACUUGCACAGGAUCGUUGUUCACGGAACCUACCCAUUUGUACAUUGACAGUUCCCUGAAACCCUGGGUACAGGGGGCAUUCAUGGAGUUUUACCUCUAAUCAUCCACUGUUAAACUGCUUCGAAUUUUGGGGAUUUUUAUCUUACAAGUAGUUCAUGCUGC